GGGCAGACGCCCGUCACAUACACCGAUGUUCUUAUAAUAGGCACCGGACCAGCUGGGGCAGGCCUUGCAAGCUUCCUGUCUUACUAUGAUAUCCAAGGAAUCAUGAUCAGCGCGGCUCCUGGAAGCGCUGAUACUCCAAGGGCACACAUUACGAACAUGGCCGCCAUGGAAUGUCUCCGAGACAUUGGCUUGGAAUCGGAAUGUAAACGCCUCGCUACGGAUGGAUCGAACAUGAUGCACACGCGAUGGGCAUACAGCAUGGCUGGCGAAGAGUAUGCGCGCAUUCACUCCUGGGGGCACGACCCGAAGCGGAAGGGCGAAUACGAGAUUGCGAGCCCCUGCGACCCUGUUGACCUCCCCCAGACCCUCCUCGAGCCCAUUUUGGUGAGAUACGCCACACUCAACGGUUUCACUUGCCGGUUCGAUACCACCUUCGUCGCGUUUGAACAAGAUGCAACAGGCACUACCUCUACACUUCGAGACAAUAUUUCCGGGGCUCAAUACAAAGUCCGCUCAAAAUACCUAUUUGGGGCAGACGGAGCCCGCAGUGAGGUCUUCAAGCAACUAGAUCUCGAACUGGACGUCCAGCCUGACCAGGGCACAGCAUUUAAUGUGCACAUGAAGGCAGAUCUCUCGCGCUACAUGAAGUAUCGCACAGGCAAUCUCCAUUGGCUCCUGCAACCAGAUAAAGAGCAUCCGCUGUUUGGAUGGGCAUGCAUUGCGAGAAUGGUCAAGCCAUGGGAUGAGUGGUUGUUUAUCGUUCUGCCCGAGCGUGGGAAGGAAAUAGAGUGCUAUCCGUCCGCAGAGGAAUGGACUGCCCGGAUGAAGGAAUUCAUUGGUGAUGAUACGAUCGACACAGAACUUUUGGGUGUUUCCAAGUGGCGCCUUAACGAAGUUGUCGCAAAGACCUUCUCCAAAGGCAGGGUGUUCUGCCUCGGAGAUGCAGUUCAUCGCCACCCGCCUUCAAACGGCCUCGGUUCCAACACUUGUAUACAAGACGCCUACAAUCUGGCCUGGAAGGUUGCCCAUGUAUUGAAAGGACAAGCAUCUCCCUCCCUCUUAGAGACAUACUCUGCCGAGCGCCAACCCGUUGGCCGUGGUGUCGUUGCGCGCGCAAACCAAUCCUUCCGUCACCACGGUCCUGUCUGGCAAGCCCUCGGUGUUUCUUUACCAACCCCCGAGCAGAGGAUGCAAGCGCUGCACGAAUUGACAUUGCCUACCACCAAAGGCCGUUCGCAGCGCAGUGCACUCCAAGCUGCCAUCGAGGAGACCGAGCAUGAGUACCACGCUCUUGGACAAGAGAUGGGCCAAUUCUACCAAAGCUCCGGUAUAUACGCGGCCGACGAAAAGUCUUCGUACUACAGCCCUCAAGUUGUCGCGCAAGAUCAAGACUUGACUCUGAACCGUGAUACGUAUCCGGGUUGUCGUUUGCCUCAUGUAUGGUUGAACAACGCCAUUCCAGUGAACCGCAUCUCCACUAUCGACUUGGCUGGACAUGGUGCUUUCGCCGUGUUGACGGGUAUUGGGGGCGAGGCGUGGAAGACGGCAGCUGCGCAAAUUGGAGAAAAUCUGGGAGUGAAGAUGAAUUCAUUUUCUAUCGGUUUCCGUCAGGAUUAUGAGGACGUUUACUUCGACUGGGCGCGGGUUCGCAGUGUUGAUGAGACUGGGUGUGUUCUUGUUCGACCAGACCGGGUUGUAGCUUGGAGGUGUAACGAGGUGCUGGGCGAUGAGCCUCAAUGCGCACUGAAGUUGCGCGAGGUCAUGAUGACCAUUCUGGGCAGGAAACCCUGA